UAUCGUCUCCGCAUCCAAUGUUUCUUCAACAAAAACGCUAAAGCCAACCUAGUUGCGUUUAAGAAAUUCCCCACUCAUCACGCGAAGUUCAUCGAUUAAAUAUUCAUCCUUACGCAUCCAUUGGAAUUGGAAGUACGGAAACGCAGGUGCUUUUAUCCGACGGAAUAAAGUGUGUCAGAGUGAAAAAAAACGAAGAAAAUAACCAGCUUUUUCAGUAGGUACAAGCUCGAAGGACUCGACAUUUUCAAUUAAGGAGAUUUAACGAGAUCCCCAACUCUUCUGAUUCGUGUGCGAGAGUAUGUGGAGCAUCCGGCAGCCAAAAUGCGUAUGUGAUGAAAAACCUUGAGUGUCAAUUUUAAAGUGAUAUCCUCGUUCUUCCAGAGAGCCAUACGUGUGAAAGCACUUUUGCCCUACGACGAGUUGCUGCCACGUGGAGCGGAAUCGAUUAACGAAGGUCGAGUUGGAUUGGGGAUCAGGAGUCACUUUCACCUUCUCCAGGCUGCUUUAACUGCCUAAAUAGAACGAAGGAACGCGCCUUCGGAUGUGUGAAAAUCGAACCGGAAAAAGGUAAUUCCCGGCAGCGUGUUCCUGCUAGCUACAUACAUAUAUUUGGGUUAGUAGGUAGUCCAUAGUGAACGGGAAAGCCCACGCAUCUCUCGAGAAAGUGAUCGAAAUCAUGAGGACGACGACGAAGGCUCGUUUGGAUGAAUGCGCCCGGAGGUAGGCAACCGGUAGUAAUAAAAUACGAGAAUCUUGCUCCGGGAAGAUACGGUGGAUUGGAUUUUCCUCGAGGUUUAGUAAGAAAAAAAGAAAGAAAAAAUAAUCCGAUGAUUUGUCCCGACUGGGCCCCCAGUACGCGCGUAUUCAAUGAGCGUCGAGCGACGAGUGGAAAAUUAAAUUGGUGGUGAAAUUUAUUGGAUUACGUUGGAGCUUGAUCAAAUUAGGUGCGACUCCAGAAUCCCGAAAUUUUAAUGGAAAGAAGCAGCCCCUUAAGCCUUGUGUGUAGGUUGUCGAAGUGCAAGAAGAAACUGGGUCCAGAUCACGGCGUUGCUGCCUGACUGACUUUCUCGACAAGCCAGGCGCGAAGGCCAGAGAAUUGAAGAAGAUUAAUUAAUGAAUUCAAUUAGGAGGAUCGAUAUUUCGCCACCGGCGACGGCGGUUAAACGGAAAGACUGAUUGGUGGUUUUUAUUUGCGUCCCGAAUGAUGAUUGAAGCCAACCGGGAUUGUGCAUUUCUGUGAAUAAAGUUACCACACAUUUCUUCUGCUCCCAAGCGUCCACGGAUUCAAAUUGUCGUGGCACGGAACGGUCACACAAAGUACUUCCGUGCGGUUGUUCAAGAUUCGUGACUUUGUGUUUUCCCGCUGCUUCCGGCAGCCGCGGUGCGAUCAGAAUAGGAAAAUCACUGGAAGAAACCGUUUAACGGGAAGAAAACACCCGUAGUUUUUCCCAUCAUCAUCGUGUAAUCGUUUCUCGUCAUCCUCGUCGUCGCUUUUUCGUUGCUUUUUUUUUCGCCCCCACCAAAGGAGUACGUGCACUAAGCACCAGCUACAACAAUAUGGCUGCCACCAUGAGAUCCGGAGGUCUUCACCAUGCUUCCUCGCUCGGGAAUAUAGAAGCAUCAUCAUCACAGUCAACCACAAACCUCGCAGCUCGCAACUACGAUUCCGAGGAUGAAAACAUGGGCAGAAAAAAGACGCGUCCUUUCGAUACCGGGCCCGGCUCUCGUGCCCCCAUCUACUCUAAGGGGGACAUCCGUGAACAGUACUGCCUGACAGACCGACAGCUCAGCUCGAUCGACCAGCCGCGGCGGGAGCGCUUCUUUGGGUGCUGGUCCGGACGCAAUGCACCGCAAUCGUUCCUGGGGGUGUGCGUUGGCCGCCGGGCACCCUCCGAUGAAAAUUUGGCCGACUAUGCCCCGAUGCAACGAUAUCCGAGGCACAUCCAUGCGGGUCCAAUCACCAAAUCCAUCCUGCAGCAGUACGAUGACGAGCUGGAUAAUCCAUACUUCCGGCGGAAACCGACCUCAUUCCUGGCGGGGCCUGCCGGUGGUGGUCCAGCCCUGGUGACGGGGAGCAGUGCCACACUUCCGGCCGGGGACAUUCGACGGUGCACCUGGAUGCCUCCGAUGGACGACGAGGUCGGAGUUCAGAUGGAGGGACCAAGGCCCUCUCACCAUCACAGUCACCAACAACUACAGCAACUACAGCAUCAUCAACAACAACAACAGUUAGCACACAACCACCUUCAACAGCACCUGCACCAAAACCAUCACCGGGCCCUGCAGCCUUGCCCAUCGGCAGCGACCAGCGUCUCGUCGUCGGCGGAUCUCGAUCUUCCCCUGAUUCCUCCGCCGCCGCCAUCCGCCCGAAGUCCGAACGAGGACCGGGCGACGUCUCCCUUCGUGGUGGGAACUCCACUGGCCAGUGCUUCGGCCCGGGCAGCCGCCUAUCUCAGUCUCAGCACCGAACAACUACCCGGAUUGUAUCGGUGUCCUGCCCAUUCGGAUCUUCCGCCUGCGCCUCCCCCGCCGCCUCCACCCAACGUUGGCCUUAUCGAUGGACCACCGAGGACCAAGCACGUUAGCUUUGCCCGCUCCUACACACUGACCUCGUUCAACGAAGCCGCGGGAGGUCGGCCAAUGUCCCGGUUGACCGCAGCCCGGAGCCAAGAAAGACUGAUAGGUGGUAAGAAGCCGACGAUUACGCUCAGCACUCAGCACCAGCCGAUGGCCGCCCACUUUGGAACGCCCCUGCACUCGAUCCUGCAGCAAUCGAAUCAACAACAGCACCAGCAACAGCAGCAGCAGCAGCCUCUUCUACACAUUCAGCUGGGCCCUCAACCGCAACAGCAUCAGCAUCAGCACAUUCACACCCAUCAGCACCUACCACAUCACCUUCAACAGGCUGCUGCCCAACAACAGCAGCAGCAACAACAACAUCUAAUCAAUCAAUUUCAGCAUCAACAGCAACAACAUCAGCAUCCCAUGCAGCAACCACAUUCUCACCCGCAGCAGCAACAACAACAACAGCAAGGCGUUUCUGUUCAAACACCCUCUCAUCUCACGCCUCAGCAGCAGCAACAACUUCACCAUCAACAGCAACAACUGCAGCAACAGCAUCAUCAACAACAGCUCCUCCUCCAGCAGCAACAGCAUCAGCAUCAACAACAUCAACAACAGCAACAACAGCUCCAGGAUCAGGUUGUGACGGUCGAGAAAAUCAAACGAAGUGCCAUGAAAACGCAAGCCACGCAAACCGAAGUACACCUGAACAAGAAGCGACCGAAUGCUCCGCACCAUCUAUCGCUCAGCCCCAGGACGAUUCAUAGGGUCAAGAUGGUUUCGCAAGGAGCACAAACCAAUGGCGGCCUAAAUGGGGGAAGAAAACUAACGAAAAGCUUAUCCGAGGCGGCUGAUCGAAUACAGGAAAACGGAAUCGACAGUUCCGCGGGUUCGAUUGAUGAACCCAAGACGCCCACUGAGCACGAGCUGCUUCAUCGAACACAGUCCGAAGAACCGCCAAAGUCACCAUUUACGAUCACUUCACCGCCAUCCAAAUCAUCGCUCAUUCAACAUUUCGAACUGCCUUCGCGAGCAUCGUCACAGAUGAGUCACUCGGACGUUUCGCGCAGUGAUCAUUUCCCGCUGGAUCGGAUCAUGACCCAUUCCAGAAACCACUCGCAGGACAGUGCCACUUCCUAUCGCUCAACGGAUGGAUCGCGAACAUCCUACGAAACCAGUUCCUAUCCGUACGAGAUGUACGACAGCAUUGUACUGCCUCGUCGUUCAAGCCACACUCUUUCGAACGAACCAUUCCAGGUGCUGCGCAAAGAUAUCGAGCAAGUUCAUCACCAUGGAUACGAAAAUGGGCAUGUGUUCGAAAGCCACAGCCUCCCCAGGAGAACCUGUAUCCAUCAUAAGCCGGAAGAGUUUCACACUCAUACAUUGCCACGUCGGGAUCCUCAUCACCCGCACCAUCAUCAUGAGAUCAUUUUUAAGGAUCAGCUCAAAAUCCCUCCACAGGAAAUGCUUAUCUCAAACGGCUCAGUUAAUCAAGAUAUCCGUUCUUUCGACAGCAAUAGUCUAAACAGACGAAUGUCCGCCCACGUUUCGGUAGCUCAUCAAGACCCCAAACUAAACCAGCACAGACGAGCUUCAUAUGCCUACGUUACACCAGAAACACACUCUUCCCUAACCAGAAGAAACUCUAUCACACACCAGCAGGUUCAAAAGGUCCAACCAAUGAUACAGGCUCAUCAUCCCACUCAACAACAACAACAACAACCAUCGACGAUUCCAUCCAAGAAACAGCAACAACAGCCUACAACACCCCAACCACAGCAAUUCCAACCGCUUAUCAAACCUCAACCACCAAUCUUCUCAACCCCAUCGCAUCCACCACCCUCGUGUCCGAUCACUCCCCCAAACAUCCAACCGCUGGACAUGCAAGACGACACCAAAUCCUCCUCGGACGAAUCCUGCUCAACCUGUGACUCCGAAAGCGAGAAAGACGACAAAGAGGAACAGGAAAUCUUCAUCGAUUUCAAACCCCGAGUUUCUCCCGUUCCCUCGCCGAACGCGGUCAAAAAGAAAAAGCUCCAAAAAACCGUCUCCGAAGGGGAAAUCCUCAUUGACAAAAAGAAAACCAAGCCAACCGAAAAACCAACUGCCGCCAUUUCGGCCAGCGAAGAAGACCUGGUGUCUCCAACAACGGCAGACAGCCACCAAGACUCGAACCUCCAGUUCAGCACGACUCCCAUCAAGGACGAAGGCAUCUUCAUCGGAAGUCCACCACAGAUAACAGCCACCGCAGAAAGCGAACGGCGCAAGGAAUCUUUCCGGAAGCGAUCCAUCAGCCUCGAUGAACCGACCAGUGCUGAAGAGGAGAAGGGUCUACUCGAGGAACUCGAAGCAGACGCAAAGGAUGACAAAAUGGCAACAGCGCCGCCAUCUCCCUCCAGAGAGGAGAAACUGUCGAUCAAAUCACACUCACCGUUUCACUCAUCCGAAUCCCUGGCCACCCGGGACAAUUCCGACGCCAACUGGAACGAAUCGCAGUCCACCAUCAUGACGCCGAGUUUGGCCGACAAUGGAAUGCUGACGCCGACGUCGAAGCGCAAGAAUCUGCUGUUGCAGCAUCAGCAGCGCAGCUCCAUGGAUACCGACGCCAUGGAUAUGGAGGACAUCGCUGAUCAGGUAUAG